AUGGCUGACAACUCCAAUCCAACUAUUUCCAACAUCAAAAACGAUGUUCCCAUUGUGUUGGAGUUAAAUAAGGGCCAAUAUUCUCACUGGGCAGAACUAUUCAAACUCCACUGCCGUGUGCAUCGAGUUAUCGAUCACAUCAUUCCGGCACCUCCAUCUGCAGCCGACGUACCAGUCAAGGAGCAAACCGCUGCUGACAUCUCCGAAUGGAAUCGUCUUGAUGCUGCUGCCCUUCAAUGGAUAUAUGGGACCAUAUCUCACGAUCUCUUGGGCACCAUCAUCGUCCCUGACACCACCGCGAUGAAAGCACGGGAAAGCCUCCGAUUAAUUUUCCAAGACAAUGAAAUUUCCCGGGCAGUAUACUUGGAGCAGCAAUUCAACGAUGUUAAGCUCGAUAAUUUCCCCAACAUGGAUGCCUAUUACCUUGAGCUUAAAACUCUGGCAGACCAACUGUCCGGCGUCGGUGCACCGGUGUAA